AUGCCCGCUAGCCGCAAGCGAGAUGGAUCACAAGACACGUCCAAGAUGGAAGACUUGUACGCGGAAGGUUGUCGACGACUUGCGGCUAUGGCUGCUGCGGGCCAGAAGCUCAAUUACACUGAAGUCUACAAUGAUCUCAAGAAGCUCCCCCAUGGAAAGCACAUUUCUUACGACACCCUUCGCCGACGUCACCUUGGUCAAUCACACACAUACAGGGGCUCACAUGGUCACCAGCAACUUCUUUCUGACGCGCAAGAACAGGUCCUUAUUGAUUGGAUUAACCUAUUUGCGGAAUGUGGGGACCCCGUUGGACGACAAGAAAUCCUCGUCAUGGCAGGGAAAAUCUGCGGCCGGCAGCCUAGCGCAAGUUGGAUUCCCCUCUUCCUCAGGCGACACCCCGACAUCAAGCUUAGCAGACCAUCUGGCUUGGAUCCGAAGCGCGCACAGGCUUUCAAUCGCCCGACUGGAGAAAUACUUUGA